AUGAGUGUUUUAAUCUUUGUAAAGAGUCUUGAGAAUUUAGAAAUUCAUGAAGAUUCUCCAAGUUUCCAAGUGUCUCAAGAGGGUCAUUUCCCGUUGAAUAAUUUUUACAAAAGCGAGAUAUGCAACUUUUGUCGGAUAUUUAUUGUAUAUGGUUCAACAAAACUCACCCUAGACAUGUCGUCAUCUUGCAAUGUCAUAAACAAAAUUGAUUAA